CCAGUUUAACGAGGGUUUCCAAAUGCGUCGUGACGCUCCUCUGACGUCGGGGACCGACGGAAGUGAUGCAAAUCGUGUUCCUCGAGCAGCUAAUCCGUCUUGAUGAUGCCAAAUGUCUGUAAAUCUGAUCACUGGGACCAACAUGGUGAUGCUUAUUUGAAACUCACCUUUUAUUAACCUUUAGUUUUUUUUUUCGCACGGGCCGAGAUGGAUCCGUCCAGGAGGAGCGAGAGCGACUGGCAGGGGCUGCUCAACGAGUUCCUAAUUUGUAAGCGGAAGCUGGAGAGUAAGAAAGAAGCUCUUCUGAUUCUGUCUAAAGAGCUGGACACCUGCCAGCAGGAGCGGGAUCAGUACAAGCUGAUGGCCAACCAGCUCCGAGAGCGGCACCAAGGACUCAAGAAGAAGUACAGAGAGCUCAUUGAUGGAGAUCCCUCUCUGCCUCCUGAGAAAAGGAAUCAAGUGAAUUUAGCCCAGCUGCUGAGGGACUCCAGAGAAAAAAGCAGUCAACUUUCUGAGGAAGUGAAAGAGCUGAAACAACGACUGGUGGAAGCUCAAGGCGAUAACAAGCUCCUACGAAUGACCAUCACCAAACAGAGGCUGGGAGACGAGGAGGUCGGCGCUCGUCACUUUCCUGCACAUGAACGGGAGGAUUUGGUCAAACAGUUAGAAAGAGCCCGAGAACAGAACGAGGUUCUGGAGCACAGCGUGAAGUCGCUCACAGACGAGCUUCAGGACGUACGAGCAGAGCGUGACGUUUUUCAGCAGAAGGCUCAUCGUCUCAAUGUGGAAAUGAACCACAUCGUGGGCAAUGAUGAGACACGGAUUUUAGACAUAGAUGCACUCUGCAUGGAGAACAGGUAUUUGCAUCAGCGGUUCAGUCAACUUCAAGAGGAAAUCAACUCACUCAAAACAAACCUGGUGAAGUAUAAGAGUGCCCUGGAGUGUAGGAAAAACUCUAAAAUCUCUGGGAAACAAACAAACAGUAGUGCACUGACUGGGGUGCUCUCUGCUAAACAAGUGAAGGAAUUGUUACUGUCUGAAGAAAACGGCUGCAGUCUGCCAGUGACUCCUCAGUCCAUCUCAGACCUCAAGUCUCUCGCCACAGCUCUACUGGAAACUAUCCACGAGAAGAACAUGGUGAUUCAGCACCAACGGCAAAUCAACAAGAUUCUUGGAAAUCGAGUAGCAGAGCUGGAGAAGAAACUAAAAACAUUAGAAAUAUCUGGAUUAUGGAGCCUGCCAGGUGAACAUAAGCACUGUAAUAUACUGAGACUGCUGUGUUUCAAUGAAGCCUGCGUUCUACCUACUGUUUACAAUAAUUUACAUUCCUUAUCCUUUCUUCUCCUGUCCUUUUGCUUCUUGCUACCUGGAGGCCUGACUUAUAAUGUGUCUCUGGGAAUAUAUGGAAGAGGAAAAGACACAAUCACCCUGCACACUCAUCAGGAUGAGUCAACAGAGUCUCCUGGACAUGAAGGUGAUGAAGAGUCAGAAAAGAUAGCUGUCGGUCAGCAGAGCUCCACAGAGGUCCCAAACCAAGAGAGUGGACUACCAACUGUGUCAGGCGGUCGAGAGGAACUUCACGAAGAGACGUGCCAGCAGAACCCCUCAUACCAGUCGGAUGAGGAAGAGCUCGAGACACCAGACGGUGAAGAGUGUCAUGACGGUGGUCGAUCGGAGAUCACAAUUGAUUUAACUGCUUUAAUGAGUCACCAGUCUGAAGAAGAGGAGUGUCUGAGUGAUUCCCCUCCCACAGUACCAGAUGUGCCACUUGACCUCUGCCACUUGCAGCAAACUCUAGAGAGGAACUCAGGAGAGGAUCAGUCAGAUGAACACACUGACGGGGUGGAAACUGUUGAUACGAAGUGUAUUAUAACAGAGGAAAACAUCAGUAUCGAUUUAUCCACUGCCACCACUGCAAGUUCUGCCAGAGAGCAGGAGGACGUACAGUCAAACCAAGAGACAGAGCUUUCAGAUGAGACAGAUUGUUAGUCAGGAAAUCUAAGGAUAACAAGGAGAAGGAUGAACGAUGCAGUUAUAAUGUGAUGCAACUUUAUUCAUUUUUAUGGAUAAUGAAAAGAAAAUCAGGAGCAAGUGACACUAAUGGCCACUACAUUACAAAAUAAUUGCACACUUGUUUGCAGCUUUAAAAUGAUUGCUGUUUUUGUUAACAUAUGCCUACAUUUACAUUACUGUAAAUCCAAGAAAUAUCAAAACCAAUUAUUGGGAGACUUCAUGUAGGAUUUUCUCCCUAAUAUAACCCUGUAAAAGUAGUAGGAAUAACUCAUAACACACAUAAAAAAUCUUACUGUUAACUUUCAACCGUCACUGAUGAUCUAACUUGUGCUUUCACUUGAUCCAUUUAGAGCCUUGUGUAGUUCCACCUUUUAUUUCAUUUUAUUUUUAUUUAUUUAUUUUUAACUAUAAUUUUAACACUUUUUCGGUGGGGGGCUUUUAUUGCCCAUGUUCGGUGCUCAGCUGAAGAGAGAGUGGAUGACAAGCAGCAAAGGGCCACAGGUUGGACUUGAACCCUGGGCCGCUGCAGCAAGGACUCAGUCCUGGCACAUAGGGCGCCAGCUCCACCAGGUGAGUUAUCUGGGCACCCCUAGUUCCACCUUUUUAAACUGAUAAAUGACAACACAUUCUCUCAAGUAUGUGGACACCAGAACAUGACACCCAUAUGUGAUUGUUGAACAUUAAUAUGCUGCUAUAACAGCCUACACUCUACUGGGAUCUUGUUUUUCUACAAGAUUUUAGAACCUGGCAGGAAGUCAGAGGUCUGUGCAGGUCAGUCAAGUUCUUCCAAACCAAACGGGGAAAAAAAGCAUUCCUUUAUGGACCUUGUUUUUGUGUGCGAGGUAUUGUGUUGUUGAAAGAGAAAAGGGUUAUUCCCAUACUGUUGCCACAAUAGUUGGAAGUUAUACAGUGUGUGGGUAUCAAAUGUGGAGAAACUCUGAUUUGUGGUGAUUUAAAAAAAAAAGUAGCAAAAAAGUGCUUUGGACUGUGACUGAUGGCUCUUCGCUCGUAAUUCAGUCCCAGUCGGAGCGAGAACUCUCACAACAGUUAAGGAGAAUGUAGUUUGCGUUACAUUUCUGCUGUCAAAAUUAAGAAGGACAAAGUGCUGCUUUUAGUUGAACAUGAACAGAAAGAUGUUGCUUAAAAAUGAAUAGUUUGUUAGAAACAUUAUUCUUUACCUUUCUACCUCUGGUCUACUCUUCCCCUUGACUUUAAAGAAACCUACCAUACCU